AUGAUUACGUCAAGGAUAUUGACUGGUGCAUAUAUAUAUUCACAAGUCGAGAUCAUCACCCCCAACAAAUCAUCUUUAAUCACCAUGGUUGCAUUGUUCUCUCCUCCUGUGUUAUCGACCAAGGGGUGGCUCUUAGAGGAAGAGCCAUUAGGGUAUGAUAAUAACCAGAACUGCUUCUACAAAGAUGAUGUGUCCUCGGAGUACUCCUUUCCCUAUCAGUUUUAUUCACCACAGGCACAUAUUGAGGUUGAAAUAGAAAGGUCCUCUGCACCAUCCCCUGACCCUGUCAUGGUCAAGAAACUUAGCCACAAUGCUAGUGAACGUGAUCGCCGCAAGAAGGUCAACAACUUGGUUUCUUCACUUCGGUCUCUUCUUCCAGUGGCAGAUCAAACUAAAAAAAUGAGCAUUCCGGCAACUGUUUCUAAAGUCUUGAAAUACAUACCAGAGCUGCAACAGCAAGUGCAAGCACUAACAAGGAGAAAAGAGGAGCUUCUGGGCAGAAUUUCUCAGCAAUUGCAAGGCGAUGCAGUGAACAAAGAAUCUCAGAGGAACAUUUCUCAUCACAACUCUUCUUUUGUUGUCUCAACAAGUAGGCUCAACGAUUGUGAAGCUGUAGUUCACAUUUCCUCUCAUGAGACUCACAAGGCUCCACUAUCCGAGAUCUUGCACUGUUUAGAAAAUAAUGGCCUUUUUUUGCUAGAUGCUUCAUCCUCAGAAACCUUUGGAGGAAGGGUUUUCUACAAUUUGCAUUUUCAGGUGGAAAAAACUCAGAGAUUAGAGUCCCAGAUUCUAACUGAGAAGCUUUUACCAAUAUAUGAGAAGCAAAGCAUUUUAUAA